AUGGAAGAUCUCACGUAUCAAUUCAAUGACCCCUAUGAAUGUUCCAUUGAUCCAAGUUUCUUCACUAUGAGUAACCCUAUAUUAGACGAUUUAGGCGCCAUUAACAACAUUGACAUUAACAAUGAACACACUUCAAUGUUUCAACAAAAUCUAACCAAUUUAUCCAUUAAUAACAAUAAUCUGCCCCACCAGAAUCACCAUGGUGUAUUUCAACAGGAACAUGGUACUAACUUUAAUGAUCAUUUUCCCUCUCCACUAUUCCAACAAAAUCACCAUGGUAGUGAUACUAAUAGUGAUCCAUUUGAUUACACUACAAUGUCUCAAGAAAAUCACCACGAUAGUGUUAGUGAUUCAUUUUUCGAUGGAAUGCCACAACAAAUGCAUGAGGAUCAACAAACUCAACCGGUAAAUCAGAUUCCGGUUUUGCCGAACCAAACCGAUGCAAUGACACUUGAUCAAUGGCCACCCGCACCAAUCCCAUAUUUUUGCAGUUGUUGUCAAGUUCUCAGAGAAAUCAUACAUGCGAAUGGUGUUCAGUUUGAAAAGCUUGAGAUUCAUGGAAGGCUAGGUUUGAUUACACAUGCAAUUCAUCAUCAGACACCUGUUAAUGGAAAUCCACCAAUUAACCAAAUGAUUGAUUUUAGCAUGAGAAAUCUUGAUGAAAUAAAGAAAUUUCUGGCGCAAUACUGCAUGGAUCGUAUUUUAGCAGGAUAUUUUAUUCUACAAGAUCCCUUGUCAUCCUAUUACGAGACUCUUUGCACUGGAUUGGAUUGGAUUGAAGAUUUUAACAUGGAGGGUCUUGAUAAUAAUAAUCAAAAUAAUUCAGAUGAGAUGGUAGAACAAGAGCAAUGCGAGAAUGGAACCCCUACCACAUCAGUUGAUAAAAAGGACCUAUCGGAACAAAGAAAAAGAGCGGGAAAAUUGACAUUGAGUGAUUUAUGCAACCAUUUCCAUCUACCUAUUGAGGAAGCAUCGGAAAAAGUGGACUUGUGUCCAACGGUUCUCAAGAAAACAUGUCGAAAAGCAGGAUUAACAAGAUGGCCUCACAGAAAGGUGAAAAGCCUUUUGAAGCAGAUAGCAUUGCUAGAAAGUGAAAUGGAAAGACAAGAUGCAGCGACAAGGGCAAUGACUGAAAAGGAUAUUAGCGAGCUUAAGGAAGAAAUGAUUAGGCAUUGUGGUGGACUUAUACCGACGGCCAUGUAUAACAUCGCUGCCUUUUUGCCACCGCAACAUCAGCAAGGGAGGUAG